CGUAGAGAAUUAAUAUACAACAGAUAGGAAAACAUGAGUUCAGGAAGCUGGAGCCACGAGGUAGCUGCCAAUGUCCCAGCAGGGAGGCUGUUUAAGGCUGCGAUGCUGGACUGGCACAACCUCGGCCCCAAGAUUGUGCCGGAUUUCAUCGCCAGUGCUUCUGUGGUGUCCGGAGAUGGAGCUGUUGGAAGCGUCAGAGAGAUCAAGAUCGGCAACAAUGCACUGCCUUUCAGCUACCUGAAGGAGCGCCUAGAUUUCAUAGACCAUGACAAGUUCGAGGUCAAGAACACCCUCGUGGAAGGCGGAGGUUUAGGAAAGCAGUUUGAAUCGGCCUCCAAUCACUUCAAGUUCGAGCCAUCUGGCAACAACGGAUGCAUUGUCAAGGUGACCGCAACCUACAAGCUUCUCCCUGGUGUCGCUGAUGACAGUGGAAAGGCGAAGGAAGGCGUGACCAACCACAUCAAGGCAGUCGAAGCCUAUCUCCUAGCAAACCCAACUGCCUACAAUUAAAUAUAAUGCUUAUGUUUCUGUUUCAAUGUCCUUGUGAGUUUGAAUAAGGAGAAGGAUAUGAGAAGAUGGCUCAGUGAUGAGUCCUUGAGUUUGUAAUACUGUCGUGAAUUCACGCUUUUGUGCUUCAUGUUUUUGUGAAAUAAGUUUUGAGUGUGACAUAUGGUGACAUUUGGA